AUGCAAUUAUACAGAACUGCUGUGAGUUAUGACGAACAUAUGAGUAGCCAUUUUCACUCAUGGAAAGAAGAUUUCACGGAAAAACCAGAGAGGUUCACUGAGACGAUAAAAAGAUGUAAAAAAUAUGGUCUUCUAGAGAGGUGUAAAUUUGUACCUUCUAGACUAGCGACAGAAGAAGAUAUGAGGGUUUAUCAUACCAAAGAAUUAAUAGAUAUCUUAGAAAAAUCUCAAUUCCUGCCAUUAGAAGAAAUGAGAAAGUUAUCUAGACUGUAUGACUACCUCUACUUUCAUAAGGAUAUAUAUACCAAUGCAAGACUUGCACUAGGAUGUACAAUAGAUUUAGUGGAACAGGUUGUAACAGGAAAGGUUUUGAAUGGGUUUGCGAUUGUUAGGCCCCCUGGUCAUCAUGCAAUGAGUAAUGAGUUCAAUGGUUACUGCUAUUUAAAUAAUGUGGCUACAGCAGCCAAAAUAGCUAUAAAAAGGCAUGGUUUGAAAAGGAUUUUGAUACUUGACUGGGAUGUUCAUCAUGGUCAGGGAAUACAGUAUUGUUUUUAUGAUAACCCAAAUGUGUUAUAUAUCUCCAUACAUAAAUAUUUAGAUGGGAAGGAAUGGCCAUAUUUACGAGAGUCAGAUUAUGACCAUACUGGUGAAGGGACUGGAGUUGGAUUCAAUGUUAAUAUACCUUUAAAUGUGAUAGGUUGUGGUAACUGUGAUUACAUGGCUGUGUUUCAUCAGAUUAUUUUACCAAUAGCUUAUGAGUUUGAUCCAGAGUUAGUAAUAGUAUCAGCUGGCUUUGAUGCUGCAUUAGGUUGUCCAGAGGGUGAGAUGGAAGUUACACCUGUAUGUUUUGCUCAUUUUGUUAAUUUAUUUUCAUCGUUGGCUGGUGGAAAACUUUGUCUAGUAUUGGAGGGAGGUUACUGCAUAGACACAUUAGCUGAAGGUGUAGCCUUGUCAUUAAAGACGUUGCUUGGAGAUCCUUGUCCAUUGUUAGAACCAUUAGGAAGUCCACAUCCAAGGACUAGAGAAUCAAUAUUAAAUGUGAUUAAAACAUUAAGACCACAUUGGAAAUGUUUACAGUUUCAAGGACAGUUGUCAGAUUCUGUAGUGUCUGAAUUCAAGGGUGUGCUUGAUUGGCCUCCUCAGAGGGAUGUAAAAUUUUACACCAAUGAGAGACCUCGUACCUUCUCCCUAAGUCAAGAAUGUUAUAAUCCUGAAUACUUAGAUGCAGAAGAGGAACUUAAACUGAGAGUAGCUGAACUGAUGAAAAAGCCACUACAGCCCUGUGCACCAAACAAAGUAUGCUUAGGAUAUACAGAACAGUCACUAUUACAUAGAGAUAUAAGUAGUGGAGGCUUUGAAGAAUGUCCAGAAAGAUUACAACACCUCUGUAAAACAUUGAAGAACAAAGGAUUAUGGGAUAGAUGUCUAAUAACACAGGGAAGAAAAGCUACAGAUGAUGAAUUAACGCUUGCUCACAGUCCAGACUUCAUCAGACAGCUGAAGAAAAUAGAGAAGAUGGAUGAAGAUGCUUUAAUCAAAUACCAAUCUUCUUUUAAAUCUGUCUACUUUUGUCAGGACAGUUUCACAGCAGCUAGUUGGUCUGUUGGUACUCUGCUGUCAGUUGUGGAUGAUGUUUUAACUGGACAGUCACAGAGUGGUGUUGCCCUAACAAGACCUCCAGGACAUCACGCAGAGGCCAAUACUAUAAUGGGAUUUUGUAUGUUUAAUAAUGUCGGCAUUGCUGCCAAAUAUGCUCAACAAAAAUAUAAUGUUAACAGAAUUGUGAUUGUAGACUGGGAUAUACACCAUGGUAAUGCAUUACAGACUUUAUUUUAUGAUGACACGAGUGUUUUAUACAUAUCACUUCACCGAUUCGAUAAAGGAUCAUUUUAUCCAUAUGGAGGAGAAGGAUACCACAAGUGUGUGGGUGGAAAAUCUGCUCAGGGAUACAAUGUCAAUAUUGCUUGGAACCAUGAAUCCAAGGGAGAUUCAGAUUAUGUAGCAGCAUUUCAACAAGUAAUCUUACCUUUAUGUUAUGAGUUUUCUCCAGAUUUGGUGUUGGUGGCUGCAGGCUUUGAUGGUGCUAAAGGAGACAAUUUAGGAAAUUACAGAUUAUCUCCAGAAUUGUUUGGUCACAUGGCCAGUAUGUUAAAAGGGCUUGCUCAUGGUAGAAUUAUUCUUGCACUGGAGGGAGGAUAUAACAUAGACAUGACAUCAGAUUCGAUGGCCUGUUGUAUUUCUACACUGUUAGGUGACCCUCUGCCUUCUUUAACUUCCAUGAUACCGAGUCAAAGUGCUGUGAAGAGCAUUUGUGACACAAUAGAUACACAAUCAGAAUUUUGGAAAUCCUUACAAUAUAGAGUUGAUCUGCCAACAGAAAAACAACUUGAAAUCAUAAAAGAGCAGAAAGAAAAUUCAAUGAGAGAAUUUGAAGAACAGGAAAAUGAAGAGAAAGACGAGAAAGUGUGAAAUUCCCAUGCUGUCAACACAAGAUCUUAGCCAAAGAUUGUUACACAUACCUCAAUUCAUUUAAUCAUUAUUUAUAUUUCUCUUGUUGUUAGUUAUUUAUAUUUAUCUUAUAUACAUUUUAGGUAGAUCAUGGCUAAGACCAUAGAUAGUAUUUUUCAUACUCUUCCAAACUUUAUUUUUAUCUUGUUUUUCCAAAAUAUACUAUAUAAAGUAUGUGUUUCAUGUUUCUGUCCCUGUGUUUAAGCUUUAGUUUUUGUUAUGGUAAAAUUGUCUUAUUUUAUGUAAAAGAAUUGAGGGAAAAUGUACAAUAAUAUGAACAGAAAGAAUACUAGCAGAGAGGUCAUUGAUAAAUAUGUUUUUUUUUUAUUUUCAAAUAUUCAGUACAUGCAUUACCAAAUUAUCAGGAGUCUAAAUUUAUACUGUACCUUACCUUAACUAUUGAUUAAGUCUUAAAAACUACAUGUAUCUAAAUAAUCUCCAGUAAAUAUCUUCUUUCUUUUUCGGUAUGUAAAGUUUGAUAUUUUCAUGGAAACAUUUUGAAAGUCAUAACUAAUGUAGAUAAUGUCACCAAACAAGUUUAAAAUGUAAAAUAUCUUUUUUUUAUUCCCCACCUACGAUAGUAGAGGGGCAUUAUGUUUUUCGGUCUGUGUGUCUGUUCGUUUGUUCGUUCGUCCGUCCAUCUGUCCAGCUUCAGGUUAAAGUUUUUGGUCAAGGUAGUUUUUGAUGAAGUUGAAGUCCAAUCAAUUUGAAACUUAGUACACAUGUUCCCUAUGAUAUGAUCCUCUAAUUUUAAUGCCAAAUUAGAGUUUUAACCCCAAUUUAAUGGUCCACUGCACAUAGAAAAUGAUAUUGCGAGUGGGGCAUCCGUGUACUAUGGACACAUUCUUGUUUUUUCUUCUUUUCAGUUAUAUAUAAACAAUUUCUAAAAUUAGAUUUAGUUUUAUACUUCAUGUCCUUUAAAGUUAAUAAGUAGAUUCUCGUUCCCAACCUCUUCAUGUGUUAAGGGCCUGUCCAUGAUUUUAUAUCCCUGAUGCUGUUUUGUCGGGGGCACAUAGGGUUACCCAUAUUCCUCCUGUCAUUUUAAAACCAAUUUGCUUAGACUUUUUUAUGACAAUGUAUUGAUUAGAUUUCUAUUACAUUUAUAGUAUAUAGUAGUGUCAUACAGAUUGACCUUGUGUUACGCUCCAGAUGACCAUUUAUUUACUGAAUUAAGGGCCUUUGGUUUAGAAAAUUUCAUAAAGUUGUACUAGUCUGGAUCUUUAUGUCUUGCCAGCAGGGCUGGAUCUAGUUUAUUGUACAUAUGUGUAUAAAAGUGACUUUAAGAUCAAGUAUUUCACUUCAGAUGACCAUCUUUUUGCAGAAUUAACCCAGACUUAGAAAAUUUCAUGAAUCUUGAAUUUGUUCAGACAUUUUAUGUAAUGCCAGCUGAUCUGGAGCUGAUUUUUUAUAUAUUUGUGUAAUGAUGCUUACAAUUGGAGUGAUGUGUUUCAUCCGGUUGACUUAUUUUCAGGAUAAGUUUACAGGCUGGAGAAUUCCUGUCAUACUGACAAAUCUAGUUUUGUGUAUGUGUCCCUUCUUAUUUUAUAUGUGCCAACUUUUUCAUUUUCUAUAUGUUGGUAUCAGUAUUUGGUCUUCUUUAACUUUAUCAGUAUUACCUCCUGUCAUCAAAUUUUUGUCAUUGUUGCUUACUAAUUUUUGAAUUAAUAGAUAAUCAGUGAAAAUUACACAAUAGUUUUUUAUAUUCUUUAUAAGACAUUCAGUGAGUGGAAAUAAAAUUAAUGAAUCUGCGGUGCAGAACACAUGUGGUUGAAGAGGUGCAAAUUAAUCAGCAACAAUGUGAAAAAACACAGGUCAAGGAAUUACACAAAUCCCUCUAAUAACAAUGUCUUAAUCAGGUGCUUUAGAAAGGGUUAACAGAUUUAUUUAUAGUUCUGGCAAAUUAAAAAAUAUGAAGCAUGACUAGGGGGAGGUAUAGCUACUUUUUAUUCUGCUUGAAACUGCAAGGUGAAGCUAUAGUACAAUCAGUCGAAAUUUUUUAUCAGGUUGUCACUGCAAAAUCUUUAAAUAAAAAAAAAAAAUGUUGCAUUUUUUUUAUUGUAUUGCAUUCUUGAGAUGAAUAAAUUUUAUGAAA